GCAAUGGUUGGUUCGUGGGUUUCUCCUCUGCUUUUCACAAUGUACCGCUACUGGGGCUGCAGUAUCCGCAAGCGGGUUGUUUGUUUGUGGCCUUUUUGCAGCAUAGUACAGAAAUAGCAUAGUGCGCGACUUCCGAAAACAUUCUAGUGCGGCAGGUCUGUUGUGAAGCCGAGCAGCACGGUGGGUCACUUGACAAUCGUUUGUCUGAAGAUCACCACAAUUGUCCAUCAUGCUACUGGCGGUAGCACUGCUUUUAUCGACUUUGGUAGCGCGAUUGGACGGGAGGUUUUUGGAAAUCAGCAAACAGCCACCCGGAACCGUUGCGAUUGUGCCGAAUGAUGACGAUGGCGAAAGUGUGCUGCUCGGUCCGUUAUUUGAUGAUCUGCAAGAACUCGACCGCGAAAAAGCUAGUGAAAUGAUUUCGGUAAAACUGUUAAACCAGUAUCACGCGAAAACGUUUGAUGUCGCGGAGCAGCUGAACGGUAACGACAUGAUGCUCGAUGAUGCCCGUCCAUUAUCAACGGAGUUGGACUAUGAAGCGGUGAACCAUUUACAGGCACAUGGCAAUCACUUCGAGGGGCCUUUCGUUCAUCCAUCUUCAAUCGAUACGAAUGUGAUCGACAUGAAGGAAAAUGGUAUAGAGCAGGAUUUUGCCCCAACAGAAACGAUCCUUGACAAACGUUUGCUGGAAGGUUGGAUACCGUCCGAGAGCAGCGUGGUACCACCGAGUAGCACCGUAGCUACGCGUGAAAUCAAGGGCAAUUUGAUGGCUGCUACUACUGCUACUACCACUACCAUGACAACUACUAGCACAACCACAAGAAUGACCACCGUGCGUAAAAUACAGCGCAAGACACGCCGGUUACAGUCGGUUAGCAGUUCGAGUAGUCCUCGUCCUCCAAGUAGUACACAGCGAACACCUUCUAGCAGAGCGGUGACAGCAGCGACAACUACGUCCACAAGCCAAAGACCAUCAGUUCCCAAGAUAGACAUUAAAAAGCUUAAUCUGGAUCAUCUUGAAAAUGACCUGCUAUCCUUUUCCACACUGGUCCCUCCGCAGGCUUUGGCGCUCGCGUCCGUGUCCUCGUCCGUUCGCCUUCUGCCGAGAAGUAUAAAACCAGAGGAAGUGGUUCCCACUUGCGGCUGUCAGCACAAGAAGCGAUCACUCUCGAAGAAUCUGUACUCAUCCGAGGAUCCUGUGGAUGACUAUGACUACUACGAUGACUACGACUAUAAUGAGGUGCAGAAGAGGCCCAGAUCGCUUGCCGAUCGGCCAAUGCUAUUCCCGGCCAUGUCACGCCUGCUCGCUGUUGGUUCCAGCGAAGUCCAGGAGAGCAGCAUCGAACGGGCAGAAAAAGUACAUGGCACACUGGAACGGCUGAUGGGCAUCGUGACCAUCUUUUCACAUGUUGAUGAUUUUAUUCAGCGGAAAACGAAACAAUCGAUACGACGGUUGGCGCGUCUGUACGAAAGCGAGGAGUCGGAUUAAGUUUGCGGAUCAACAACGGUCGAUUGUUUGCUGUUGAUUAUCGGUUCAUACGACAUGUUUACCUGAUCUGAAACAGUGGUGAUUGGGAGGAAAUGGGUUUGUUAAUGUAAUAAUCUUGUAAAUAUAAUUAUCUAAAUGCAUUUCAAAGUUCGCUCGCUCGCUGAAAUAAAAGUACGCUGUCAACACACGCUGUGACGUGCGCUGGCA